GAACUGCAGCAGAUCGUCUUUACCAUGUCUAGAUGCCUAAAUGCAUUGAGUUGCUGCCAUGUGAUUGGCUGAUUGUGUUUAUUCACUGGUUCCAAAUUGUGAAGAUAAUAACAGGGAAGGUGGUUGUGGGACAUGCUAUCCAUAAUGACUUCAAGGCCCUAAAAUAUUUCCACCCCGCUUUCCAAACACGAGACACUUCGCGGAUUCCACUGCUAAACGAGAAAGCUGGAUUUCCUGAAAAACAAUGUGUGUCUUUGAAGAAGCUCACCCAAGCUAUCUUAAAGAGAGACAUUCAGACAGGGUAUAGAGGCCACUCGUCAGUAGAAGAUGCCAAAGCCACCAUGGAACUGUACAAAGUGGUGGAGAGAAUGUGGGAGCAGAAACUGGCAUCUCUAAACCUUUCGGCUAAAGCAAUGGAUUUAGCUAUGAAAAAGACAAGAUAAGACUUUAAAAGAUUUUCUUUUUUGCUUAUACUUUUUUUUUGUCAGCUAAACUUCUCAACAACGUUUUGAUUUAAGUACCGUUAAGGGAUUUUUCUGUUUCUGUGAAACUGAGCUUAAGUUAAUGGGGAUAAAUCAACCAAUAAUGUUUUACUCAGCCUUUGUGUUUAUUAGUUGAACACACAAGAAGAUAUUUUGAGGAAUGCUGUGAACUGAUAGGCUAAUUUAUAGUCGAUGGCUACUGGUUUCAAACAUUCAUAAAUAUGUUUUAUCUGUGUUUAACAGAAAAAAAAAAGAAUUUCAGACCAAUUUGGAACAAGUGGAGGUUGAGUAAAUGAAAAAAAUAAAUAAAUAAAUUUGGGUAAACUAUACCUUUUAACUUUUAACUCUCCAAAACAUGUUGCUAAUUCUUCGUACUGUUUCUGUCCAGAAAUCUGUAAGUAAAAAAAAAUCUGUUCUCCUAGUUUUUCUCUGUCUUACUAAUGUCUGAGUCAGCAUUCGUCGUCUUCUGUGAAUUCAACACCACCACAUGAAUUACAGCUCCUCCUGUAUUUAACUGUCCAAAUGAACAGGGCCUCGACUGCCAUCCUCGAGAUUACAGUCAAAGCUCUUUUCCCUCCAAACCCACUCAAUCAUCAGUUGGUCUGUGUUUAAGAAUCCAGUCGCACCGCUUUGGUGGUGUUUGGGAAGCAAUCUGUGCUUCUUUGCCCACCAGUUUCCCAGCAGUUGAACAAGCAUUUGAUGGUGUGAUUUUAGCCUUAUUUGGGAUUUUUCUUUGCACAAUCGUAACAAUUCAAUGUAAACCUGUAACACAGUAACACUGUAAACACAGUUUAAUUCAGUUCAUAUUUUACAAUGUAGAUUGUGUCCGAGCAGCUUAACUAGAUUAAGAAUAGAGAAUAAAAAGUCAUUACAUUAUUUAAAAUUGUGGAACAUUCCAGCAAGUCUGGCAGACGAAGUGUAGUGGUAGACUUUUGGUGUAGUUCUAGUUAAUUAAAACAGCAUCAGUCCAGUUUAUUUUAAAUGUCAUCAAAGUUCAGUUUAGUUUAAAUCAGAUCAGUGUAAUGCAAAUGUCACUGCUGAAGGCCGAUUUACUGAAGAGUAAAUACACUGAUGUGGAGCUCCGCCAACCCCAACAAAGCAACCCAGAGGUGACAGUGGCAAGCAACCAAAACUCGACCAAUUUACAGAAGUAAAGAAUAGACCUUGGGAGAAAUCAGACUCAGCCAGGGCGAUCAGUUCACCUCUGACAAAUCGUAUUGGGCAGAGCUGCGUUCAGGAUGUUGGAGGCUUGAGAAAGUUAAGCGUUUAUCGUGGAGAAGAUGCAGGUCCAAGUAUGUCUCCGGGCAGUUGUUCAGACUUGCCGAAGAUAUCAAUGCAGAGACUUGUCUGCCACUGGAGUCUUUGUGCUCUCAACCUAUUGAUGAACAUGACGAUCUGCUCUGGAUACGGGCUGGAUUGAAGAUAAUAUGAACUUUGGGAUGAGGAGAAACAGACCAACAUAAGCGUAGAUGCCAUUCAAAUUACAAUGUCUUUUUGGAAAAGUUUUCCCAGCUCUGGUUGCCCUGAUUAUUGCAGCCUUAUCCUUAUGCAUAUGUGUUUUAUGUGUAUGCUAGUGUGCAAAGUGACAUGUCUGCCUUCUGAACUGGUAAUAUUGGUGCUAAUAUCAAUUUAAUAUUUGUAUUUUUU